CUUCCUGCUCAUGUUAUCGCCACUAUUCAGAAUGUUAGAGCCGCUUCUACACGGUCUCUGUAUGACUGUAAGUGGCGCGUGUUUGAGGAAUGGUGUGAUGGGCGCAGGUUGAUAUCAUAUCAGUGCUCCGUUGCUGAUAUUUUGUGCUUUUUGCAGGACUUAAUAGAUAAAGGUAGAUCCUUUUCCACUAUUAAGGUCUAUUUAGCUGCUAUCGCUGCUUGCCAUGUCGGAUUCGAUGGCACAUCUGUAAGGCAACACCCUCUCCUUCGCAGGUUUAUGAAGGGUGCACAGCACUUUCUUCCCAUGCCUGCUAAAACUGUGCCAGAGUGGGACCUCUCCAUGGUGCUAAAGUCUCUGUCUCGUCGGCCCUUUGAACCUUUGGGAGAGGUUUCGCUGAAACAUCUGUCUUUCAAAACAGCAUUGAUUCUGACUCUGACCUCUGCUAAACUUGUCAGUAUUUUGCAUGCACUCUCUGUUCAUCCCUCAUGCACAAAAUUUUAUUUCGAUGGAAAUAGAGAUUUUCUUAGGCCUAACCCGGCCUUUAUGCCUAUAUGCUUCCCAGCAGUGACGUGUGAGGUGAUAGAGUUGUCAUGCCCACCUCCUUUUUCCUCUGCAGAGGAUGAGAGGUUACAUGCUUUGUGUCCUGUGCGUGCCCUGCGGGUUUAUAUGGACAGGACUAAGACUUUUAGAAAGAGCGAUCAGCUCUUCAUUUCCUGGGCUCCCCCUCACACAGGGAAUCCCAUUUCCAAACAACGCCUCUCUCAUUGGCUUGUGGAAGCAAUAUCUAUGGCUUAUGAAUCCAUGGGAGUGCAGCCCCCAGGGGGCCUCAGAGCUCACUUUAACAGAGGCAUGGCUGCUUCGUGGGCUCUGUUCAGGGGAGUUUCGCUACAGGACAUCUGUGUCGCAGCUAGUUGGACUUCUCCUCAUUCGUUUGUCAGAUACUACCGGCUGGAUGUUACCAGGACCCCGGUAGCUCAUUCUGUAUUAGGGGUGGGUUCAUCAUAA